AAUUACCACGAGGGAAGAUUUGUUCCCCAAGAGUUGAAAAAGCAGGAUUUAAACCUAAAACAAACCUUUAGAAAUCUUGGUCGAAGAAACUCUUGCAAAACCUAUGGCCGCAGCUUGUUUGCAUAGACGUCCUUAGAGGAAACGUACAGAUCAAACAAACCAAUUCCUCAUCGACUACUUCAACAAAUUCCUCUUCAUAGCCAGACAGAAGUUGAUUGAGCGCCGUGGGCUAUGAGGAACUCGAGUUUAUUCGAAUUGGUCUUCUACCCCUUCUUUGCACAUGAAAAGGGCUAGCCCCACUUAAAUUCAUGACAAAGCGGCCGAAAAUACUAGCAAUAACCUUCAAAGCCUUUCGCCGCGAGCUAUUUUACCUUGGACUGCACCUACUCUAGGAGGUUCACGCGGCUCCGAUUCCUCGUGACUAACGACAGAUUUACAAUUAUUCGAGCUAGAGGAGGGCGGGAAAUUCUGACAGUCGUGACCAUUUCCGGCUUUAUUUCACAGUAGUGCGGAGUUAUACGACAAUCUUCCGAUUUCGGACAAUGUUCUGGAGUUUUUGGAGCUUUGAAUUUGGUCGGUCAGCUCGAAAUGUUUUGUUCUGCUUCCGGUCUGUAACUGAUAUGUAUUAUUAACAGCGGAAACUUGAAAUUUAAACCUCGCGAGAAUGGCUUCGAAGCUGGAUCAGAAUCGAGCAGAAAGAAAAGGGACAUAAAAAAAUGGUAAAUCAUUUUUAUUUCGAAAAUAUAUUCUUGUGGGCUAACUUAAAGCAUAUUUUCUUUACUUGCGUGAACUCAAUCUUACCUAAAAUACAAUUUCAAGUAUGAAGUGUCAAAUGGAAAUUAAAAAUGGCUCUCAAACAACCUUUGUCAGCGAAUGGGCUCUCACAGGCGCUGCUGCACGAGCAUUUCGCGGGAUUAUCAGGGAGUCGCGAGAGACGAGUGGGCAAUUGAAGUGAAACGGUAGGAGACGUGCAAAUCUUCUGGUAUAAUCACUUUUCGUGCCAGACGCAGACCUCCACAACUUGCCCUGUCGAUUCGGGAUGCCCGUGAGAUACUCGUUCAGCGGCGCAAAUGAUAGCCUGCUUGUAGGCCUGUGCUAUUUCAGCUGCUUGUAAGGUGCGUUGGGAGCGAGGAAAAUAUUUAGACGAUUAAUUACCAGGUCGAGCCCCUUGAAUUGAACCGGAAGUCUGGGGACGAAGUUAUCAAAGCGUGGUGGAGUGGGAGAAACCGGAACUACUUCCGGUAUUAUUUCAUAUAACAUCGAUGCGAGAAUUCGGACCGGCCGUCCAAAUUGCGAGGUACGUUUAACAGUUUCGAUGUAAUUUCUGUGAAACAAGCUUUCCAAGGCCUGACACCGAAAACAGAAGGUGAUCUCGUAUAUAAUUCGAAUGCUGCGACGAUAGCUAUGUACUUUUUCCGGUGUACAUCGAUAGAAUUUCCGCUGCAAGCUUUUGAAUCCAUAAAAUGCGCGUGUAAUAAAUUUUCAACGUAUUGUGAUGCAAUUGUUUUUAACAGGUGAAAUUUAUUGGCACAAAAAACCUUAAAGAGAUGAAAGUUAUUCAGGAGUUGGCAACUUUGUACUCAGCUCUUCUGCUCCUAACUGGCGAAUCUGGAGAGGUUGGUGACUUGUCUCGUUCGAUAUCAGCGAAGCAAAUCAUAACAGGCACUUUAAACCUACAUUUGUCAGUGAAUAUGCAAGAUGUACGUCUGAAUACGUCGAUGUGGUGAUGGUUUACGAAAAUAAACUGGGACGAAUCUGUCAUUAUACUUGGCAUCAUCACUAAAGUUCAACUCUUCAUUUUCGAAUUCACGGCACACUUCUCGGUAAAACAGUGGGGAAAUAUAACUUUCACUUUCGAGAGCGAGAGUGUUGUUUUGUUUUGUUUUAGCGGUCCUUUGUUAUUUGUAAUUCAACUGCACUGCAGGGAGCCCUACAUCUCUAUCAAUUACCGGUAGAAAAUCAAACCUGAGGAUUGUGUGUGAAACUUUGUGCUGAAGAUCGGGGGGCUCGUUCACUAAGCUAAGCGCAUGCUUUUAGAAUUAACCAUAUCCUUUGCGUUUUUUUCGGCACUAGCGAAUCACUUUAGACUUGUUUCCAGCGUGAGUCCGAGGUGUUAAUGCUUGAGCGGGUGAAAUUUCAGAAAAAAUAUUAUUGCCACGAAAAACAUUGGAUAUUUUUCCAAGCCAGGUUGGUGCUGUGCUAAAGAUACUGUCAAUACCGAAAUGUAUGUGGCGGACGGGGGAGAAGGGAGGGGGGAGGGGAAAGGGUUGAGAAGGUGGGCUGUGUUCCCUCAGGAAACUUUUUGUUGCGGAGCUACAACCCCCCAAAAUCACUUCCCCCUCCGCCCCCCUUGGUCUAUGCCAAGUUCUUGUCCAAGUCAAAAACAACUCAAAUUUUCCACUUCUCCAGUACGAUCGAUAAUCGUCCUAUGCAAAUGAUGAUCUCUUCCUGACUUUAUUCAUUUCCAUUUUUUUUAUAGCUAAAUUUUAAGGAGAGAGUGAUUAAAUACAAGGCCGAAGGCAGAGUGCACAAGCUGAAGUGGGUGUAUGAUGGAGUGGCAUGGGAUAUCCAGAGCGGCAUCAGUGUUAAGGCAAAACAUUAUAAAAGCAAACAUGGAGCGAUUGAACACGCUGUAAAGGAACUCAUUGACAAACUUGCAUCUCAUGGGAUAAUAACAAAGUGAUGUCCAAGUUCUCAAUGAACUGUAACAUGCUAGAUUCGCUUUCUGCUCCAUACUACUUUCCUCACUGUCCCAUAACUUUGAACUUUUUUAAAGAGGGUGAACCGUUAGUCGUAAAACAGCAACAAAACGAAAUUUUCAGGCAUAAAAAUUGACAAAUUUUAAAAGCUAGUCGCAAAGGAACUUCUCUUAACUGCAACACAAAGAAUUUAAACCGUUAUAGCCGUAAAAUGGACAAAAUGUUAGAGUAAUUAAUCACCCUAUUGGAACCCUCUGACGUGUCGGAUCAAGUCAAUUAAUAAGAGGAUCAUGGAGAAUGCUAAAGGGUCAGGGCCAGAAAUAGACAGGAAAUUUUAUCACUCAUCCUUUUUUAUUAAUAAUCCGUUUUCAUCGCCGCCGGACCAUAUUUAUAAGAUUUGAUUGAUAAGCAACGUUUUUCACCCGCAUAUCAGUCAUUUGUUAUGGUGUGAUUUGAAUUCUAAUUUGUUUCAGUUUUUGUCUCACGUCAUAGGUGAGAAAUUUUCAAUCCAGUUUCAAGGGUUCUUAUUUUGAAAGCUGUUGUUGCAGCGAGACUUAGCUUGUUAGUGAAUGGCAAAGUAUGUGAAGAUUAGACUACACGCCAUUGCGAGGCAUUCUGCACAGAUCGCGCUUAAGAACGCAGUCAAGUGUACGAAGUCAAAAGUGUAAAUAUAGAUCGCUUGUGCUAUUAACAGAAGCGGUAGAAUUGAAAUUAACCUUAAAAUGCAAUCGAUACAGCCAAUCAGUGCGAAAGUAGAACAUGAUAAAUUAUGAGUCGUAAACGGUGGGUAGAGUGUCACAAAGCGCAGGAGAUGACUAGCUAAUCAUUUUUUUCAGGGAAUUUAUCAUCAAAUAAAUUUUUUACCUGAUUAAACGAAAUAAGAACGCAAAUGGUGG